CAAAACGUACUGUUAACAGAACCCUGCGGCGUUUAGGGUUUUAGGUGGCGAUAAAACAUCGAGUGGCUUCUCUCUCACAGGGUUUUAGCGGAAGCUCGGAUUACCACUAGAGAUGGCUUUCUGGGGAGUUGAGGUAAAACCAAGCAAACCGUACACUCAUCGAUUCGAUGAUGAGAGCGGAGCAAAGCUUCACAUAUCUCAGGCAACGUUGGGCACCGGUUCAUCCACAAAGAAGAGCAUACUUCAGUGUAACGUGGGAGAUAAAAAACCAGUUUACUUGUGCUCUUUGUUACCAGAGAAAUUUGAGAACUGCCCGCUGAAUCUUGAAUUUGAAGAGGAAGAUGAAGUAAUCUUCUCAGUUAUCGGCCCUCAUAGUAUUCAUCUUUCUGGUUUCUUUCUAGCUGGCACCCCAGAUUGUUGCAGAGAUGACGAUGAGUCUGAUUCUUAUGGGGAAGAUAUUGCCGGGACUGAAUCGGAUGAGUCUACUGAUUAUGACAUUGAAGAUGAAUAUGAUGACGACAACAACUUUAUUGUUGAGGAUUUGGAUAUGUACCCGCCCUCACCCGUCCCGAACAGUGGGGUGGUGAUUGAGGAGAUUUUGGAUGAUGAAAAACCUGCUGAUGGGAAUGGCAUUGCUAAACGAGGAAAGAAGAAGGCCCAGUUUAGCACUUCUUAUGACAAUGGCGACUCUGAGAGACAACUUAUUCUCAAGAGUGAUACUGGUGCCUCAAUCUUGGAAAGUGAAGACGAAGAUGGCUUUCCAAUUUCUUCGCCUCAAAAGAACAAAGCUGAUGCUGGGAGUAUUAAAGGGAAAGCAGGACAAAACAAAGAUACAAGAACAGAUGAUGAAUCCAAGAAGGGGACAAAAGGUGACCGUGCCUGUGUUGAAAUCUUAAAAAGAAAGGUUGAUGCUAUUCUUCAAGUUGGUGAACAAAAAAGCAGGGAAGCCAAUGAGCAGUUGGGUUCUUCACUAGCAAGUGCUGAAGUAGUUCCUGAAGCUGACAAGAAGAAGAAAAAGAAGAAGAAAAAGAAUGAGGAAAAGACUGGUGACGCUGGCAGCAAGAGUAAUAUACAGACUAAGGCUGCUACCACGGACAUGGAGCAGGAUCAACCAGUUCAGAAGGAACAUGAUGAGAAGGACCUUGACAUUGAUGCUGACUCUAAGGCUGAGGAAAAGAAAAGGAAGAAGAAAAAGAGCAAGAAGCAGAGUAGCAAUACAGAUACCGACCUUAGCGUUCCAGAGAAGAUUGUAUCUACUAAAGAGGACAUAGAGAAGGAAACUGGAUCCAAGCCAUUUCAAGUAAGGACCUUCCCCAACGGAUUGGUCAUUGAAGAGUUGGCAAUGGGUAAGCCGGAUGGGAAGAAAGCUUCUCCUGGGAAAAAGGUGAGCGUCCGUUAUAUUGGCAAGUUGAAAAAGAAUGGUGAAAUAUUUGACUCUAAUAUUGGCAGAGCACCUUUUAAGUUCCGCCUAGGAGUAGGAGAAGUAAUUAAGGGCUGGGAUGUUGGGGUCAAUGGCAUGCGUGUUGGGGACAGAAGAAGACUCACAAUUCCACCAGCCAUGGGUUAUGGGGCUAAAGGUGCUGGUCGAGCAAUUCCACCCAAUUCGUGGUUGGUUUUUGAUGUUGAGUUGGUAGAAGUCCGUUGAUCCUCUUCUAGCAAGUGAGGUAAUUGCCCGUUCUUCUCGUCAAUUGGGAGCAUACAAGAGCAGUUGAAGGGGUAUGAUUCUCUGUAUCCCAGUUUUGGAAAUGGUUGUAAAAGAGUGGCCAUAUGAGAGAGAGGACUUGUUGCUGCUGCUUUCUUUUUUGUUUUGCAAAAAAUGGAGCCUAAAACAAAUUUGGGAGUUAUUCACUUGAAUCUAUACAAAAGUUGUAUUUUGGGGGAUUGUUUUUCCAUAA